GAAAAGAUCGAAGAAGAAGAAGAAGAAACACGCGUGGGCUAAGCUAGAUAGCUGCUGCGUUGUUCCAGCUCGGCUAAUAUUUCAGCAACCAUGUCUUCAGUUCAGCAUCUCAGAGAGUUUAUCAGAGAGCGACUAACUGCUGCUGCUCAAGAAAUCUUCACAGAGGUUGAAAAAACCAUCAUUUGCUACGAAGAAGGUCUCGAUGCUCAGCGCAGAAUGAUGGGGAUCGACUGGAAACCACAAAUUAAGCUUCACAGAGUCGGUUCGGAGCUGCAGAGACAAAGUUCUGUUCCCACAGACCUCCAACAGCCAAGUGUCUCCAAUGAGGAAGAAGAUUCUGCCAUCCAACAAGUCUGGAGCCUGGCAAGUAGGUCCAAUCAGGACCAGAAAGAAGCAGAACAUCAGUGGACUGAAGAGGAACAGAUGGAACCAGAACCUAAAUGGAUUAAAAAAGAAGAGGAGGAACCAGAACCUACACUGUUCAAACAUGAGGAAAUAGAAUAUCCACUAACAUAUGUAAGAAAAGAGGAGCUAGAUUCUUCAGUGCUUCAACAUGAACAGCAGCCACCAGAACAUUUACCAACUGGACAGGACCAGAAGGACCUCUGCAGCAGUCAGGAGGGAGAGCAGCUUGUCCAGAAGCAGUUUGUUGCUUUGAUUGAGACUUCUACUCUUCAGGGAGAUGAUAUGAGUGAAGAAGAGACAAGAACAGAGCAGCUUUCCCUUCAUGUCUCUCCAGUGGUUGAGAGCAAAGAUCAGGAAGGAAGCAGCUGCUCUGUGUCAGAGAGUCAGUCUGAUACUGGCACAAAGAAAAGAUCUUUCAAAUGUGACAUUUGUGGGAGAUGUUAUACACAACAGUAUAACUUGAAAAACCAUUACAGAACCCACACUGGUGAGAAACCUUUUUCAUGUGAAACAUGCGGAAAAAGUUUCUCCAUAAUGAGAAAUUUAAAUCGUCACAAGAGAAUUCAUACAGGAGAGAGGCCUUUCUCAUGCCAAUCAUGCGGAAAAAGUUUUUCUGAAAUUAGUAAUUUAAAUCGUCACAAGAAAAUUCAUACAGGUGAGAAGCCUUUUUCAUGCAAGUUAUGCGGAAAGAGUUUCUCUCAAUUUAGUUCUUUAAAUUGCCAUAGUAGUAUUCAUGCAGGUGAGAGGCCUUUUUCAUGCAACUUAUGUGGAAAAAGUUUCUGUCGAUUUAGUCAUUUAAAUGACCACAAGAAAAUUCAUACGGGUGAGAGGCCUUUUUCAUGCAAGUCAUGCGGAAAGAAUUUCUCUCGACUUAGUCACUUAGAUCGUCACAACAAAAGUCAUACAGGUGAGAAACCUUUUUCUUGCCAGUCAUGCGGAAAGAAUUUCUCUCAAAUUUAUCAUUUAAAUCGUCACAAGAAAAGUCAUACAUUUCAGAAGGAUUUCCACGAGAAACAAUAAAUUAAUCAGCAGUAAAUAAAAAUGAGCUUAUUAAUAAAAUGAUGGAUAUAAAAUUGCUUCUUUGUUUUCAUCAUCUCUUUUUACAAAGAGACUGACAAAGAGGUGACAAAAAGUUUCACUCCUGUGCCUCGUGUUCCCUCCCCUCUCAUUUUCUUGGUAACGGCUAAACACACUUGGAGCUAAAAGCGUCAGUUUUCUUCAACUCUGACUGAACCCAUCACAUGGCAUAUUAUAUCAACGACAGCAACAAAAGAUAAAAAGUUUUCAACUUUGUGACAUAACUUGUAUAUCCCGCAUGUAAGAGCUAGAAAUGUCACAUGACCUAAUUAUGUCUUUGUCUUGGCUGGAUGAGAGCUAGCGACUGUCGCCUCACCACGCAAUCUCCGUAAGAGGGAGAAGCGCCUCCCUCUUACCGCUGUGACUUCACACGACCAUUACUUCAGUUACCUGCCGGGCUCCUUGUCUCCUACCACAGAGAGUAGUAUAAAGCCCAGUGAGGAGGAGCGAGCAGUCUGGGAACGCGUUUUCUAUUUAUAUAAAAAUUAACCCCUGUUGGUCAAGGGCCUUUGGGAUUAUCAAAUCUUGUCCUUCCUGUAUGCAAGCUAAUAUUUUGGCACUGAAAUUUAGCAUGUGUGAAGAUAAGGUGAAAGUGUUCAUUUUUGAAACAUGUUGCAUGGUGUUUUAUGUAGCUCACCUGUGGUGUAACUACAGUAAAACUAUAAUGAAGAAACUGCAAGUAGCCAAUCAGGACGCUUUCAGAAUCCUCAGAUUUCCACGUUGAACAUCUGCAAGUCAAAUGUUUGUCAUGAGUAGCAUACCAGCUUUUCAUGUUUUGCUGAGGAAUUUCAUGUAAAGAUGUAUGUACAGACUGGAUGUAUCGAACAACUUCACAAUAAAAGCUCUGACAACUGCAUCAUAUGGUGAUAUUAGAUAUUUCUAACUUUAACUAUUGGAGUCAUUGUUUAUCGGCCUUGUGAUGUUUUUUUACUUGAUGAUUUUUGUAUUUGACUUUUCUAAAUUGCAUGGACUACUUUUUGUCUCGUAAUAAAUAUUUAUGAAUUAA